AUGGCCGCUACACAAAUAGGCAGAUCAUCGCCGAGCGUCAGGUUAAAACAUGAGAGUUCCCCCGAGCCGGCUUCGAGGUGGAACAGCCACGCUGGCAACGUGAGGGUGGUCGAUCCGCCGACACCAGGAGCAGGAGACUCAUCCACGUUGCCAGAGGGAGGUGAUGGAGGUGACGCUCAAUGGGACUCGACUGUUGGCAAGGCCGGGUUAGGGAAGACAGGCCGGGUCAUCAACAAGCUUGUUAGUGACAACGAUGCGCUGAAGCGCGAUAUCAACAUCGAGCGACUACGGGCGGAGGAGUCCAAGCAAGCAGCGAAACUUCUCGAGGACAAAAUGGAUCGGAUGGUGCAGGAUUAUGAAAGUCGACUGCUGGAAGCCAAUGUCACAAAGACUUUGUUAGCGCGCAAGGAACGACAAGUGGAAAGUUUACAGGCAGCUGUCGAGCUCGAGAAGAACAAGACACAGGCUGCACUAACGCGUGAGCGAGGCUGGCGGGACGAGCUGGAGAAGGUGCAGAAGGACUCGACGACGCAGGUUGAGGAGGCCACGACACAUGCCGCCCUCAUGGAAGGACGCUACAACGCCAUUUCAUCGCAUUGGAGAGACCAGGGCGAGGAAGUCAAACGCGCAGUAAGCAAGCUCCGGGCUGAGAUUAGCAGUCUGGUCAAGGAGCGGCAGGCCGACGACACCAAAAUCCAAACUCUGCGUGACCUUUGCGAGCAGCAGGACAGCAACAUCAACGAACUACGGCGAGAGAAGGAGCAGAUUGCACGGAAGUUUGAAGAGUACAAGAAGACGCAAGACGAUGACUUGAGGAGCAUCAAGGCCAAUGCGCGCGAAACAGAAGCAGAGCAACAUAGGAUAUUGAAUGAGGCGGGAGAGACACUGAAUAAACUGCGGUGGGCUCUGAACGUCAAGAAGAAUGUCAUGGGUGCUCAAUAA